CAUAUUCACUACAUUCAUCCUGAGCCUGAAUCAGUAAAACAGACUUAUUCCAUGUUGAUAAGACCAAAGUGGACCUGAGGAUCAGACCAAAGUGGACCUAAGGAUCAGACUCUCUAACUCUGACAGCUAAGGGUUAAGGCAUGCAGCGCGUUACGCACAGGUGUCUCGCCAGCCCUCUGAGCAGCAGUCUGCAUUCUGUUGGCGGUUCUUUUUUUUCUUUAAUUAAGUUGAUCAUAACUGUAACUCAGCUGGGAUCUGCUGUCCGACUAGACAGGCCACUGUAACUCACAGAUCUGAGGUGGGUCUGCUCCCCGCGCCUCUAAUCUCUCGCUGCUAUUAAACCUGGAGAGCUGUGCGCACAGAGACUCUGCGCUCCUCUCUGCGCCUCCUUCAUGCUGCCUCUCUCUCCAGCUCAGAGCUAGACUCUCUUUAGUAUAAAGUGGAUUCACUUUAAGGAGCUGAGACUCUCUUUAGUAUAAAGUGGAUUCACUUUAAGGAGCUGAGACUUCGUGGAUCUGAAGGUUUCUCUCUUCCUCUCCGGAUCUCUCCCGGUCCCGGACAUGUGGUGGAUGCUGUUUCCGCGCUGGAUCUGGUUUCUUCUGGGACCAUGUUUGACUUCACUCCUCUUUCUGGACCGCGUGAGGGCGAUGCCCAUGCCCAUGUCUGUGUCCAAGGUGGUGUACUCUCACGCGGGUCUUUGCCCAAACGACCUGAACCCGAACCUCUGGGUGGACGCCAUGAGCACCUGCAUGCGCGAGUGUGAGUCUGACCAGGACUGUGAGUCCUUUGAGAAGUGCUGUCCCAACGUCUGUGGAAACAAGAGCUGUGUGGCAGCACGCUACAUCGACAUCAAGGGCAACAAGGGCCCCGUGGGAAUGCCGAGGGGGGCCACCUGUGACAAGUUCAUGUGCUCUCAGCAAGGCUCCGAGUGCGACAUCUGGGACGGCCAGCCUGUCUGUAAGUGCCGGGACCGCUGUGAGAGGGAACCCCACUUCACCUGCGCCUCUGACGGCAUGACGUAUUACAACAAGUGUUACAUGGACGCAGAGGCCUGUUCCAAGGGUAUCUCUAUCUCUGAGGUCACCUGCAGGUAACAUGUUAAGUACUUUAGAUCUCUUUGUGUGAGCUGGGAGGAGGUAAUGUUGGUUCUCUGGUUCAUCUUCAUAGUUCUGUGUGUCCUGUGUGCUGCAUGUGUGUUCUGUGUGCUGCAUGUGUGUCCUGUGUGCUGCAUGUGUG